UGGCUGCUGGACGAAUGACGUUAUUGAUCAGUGUGACGUCAGAGUGGGUCCCAAUAACGAUCAAUAAUCUGCAUCGAUCAGAGGGAACGGUCUCCUGAUGGAGAGCAUGUUCUGUCCUGCAGCGCCCCCUGCUGAAGGUUCUCUAGAGGUUCAGGGUAGAACAGAUGCACAGAACGUUCCACAGUUUGAGGUUCUAAUGGAGAACUGUCUUCAUCAUGGAGAUGCAGCUCAGCUGGUUUCUUUGUUGCGUCGUGAAGGACUCACCAACACCACCGUCACCAGGGUGGACAUGCUGGUUACCAAGGACCUGUGUGGAUCUGGCUUCAGCAGAGUUCUGGUGGUUUUAAAGUCUUUAAUGAUUUUGUCUGAAAACACAAACGACCUGCAGACGCUCAUCAGCCUCGGACUGACAUCAAAGGUGUUGCUGUGGUUCGAGGCGGUCAGUGACCUGCUGACCUCUGAUCUCCAGAAACGCUCCGCCCCCCUGCUGAAUCUUACUGAGGAGCUGUUUGACUACUUCCUGGUGUUGGGUCAAGCUUCUCUCCCAGUUAGUCAGCUGUCUGUGGUUCUUCGUCAGUUGGCUCGAUUCACUCUGGAACCUCAAAUCAACUUCCCACUGAGACUGGAGUCCAUCAGAACCUUCAACAGCAUACUGGAGUCUCUGAGCCGAGAACAGAGGAGGCAGAUCCAGAACCAGCAGAACGAGAUCCUCUCUCAGGUGGCUGCAGCCAUUCUUACAGUUGGAGGUGAGUUUCUGUCGUCCAGGUGUAGCGUCUUGUCCAGGUGUAGCGUCUCGUCCAGGUGUAAUGUCUCGUCCAGGUGUAGCGUCUCGUCCAGGUGUAGCGUCUCGUCCAGGUGUAGCGUCUCGUCCAGGUGUAGCGUCUCGUCCAGGUGUAGCGUCUCGUCCAGGUGUAGCGUCUCGUCCAGGUGUAGCGUCUCGUCCAGGUGUAGCGUCUCGUCCAGGUGUAGCGUCUUGUCCAGGUGUAGAGUCUCGUCCAGGUGUAGCGUCUCGUCCAGGUGUAGCGUCUCGUCCAGGUGUAGCGUCUCGUCCAGGUGUAGCGUCUCGUCCAGGUGUAGCGUCUUGUCCAGGUGUAGAGUCUCGUCCAGGUGUAGCGUCUCGUCCAGGUGUAGCGUCUCGUCCAGGUGUAGCGUCUCGUCCAGGUGUAAUGUCUCGUCCAGGUGUAGCGUCUCGUCCAGGUGUAAUGUCUUCUCCAGGUGUGUUCUCCACCUGUCAUCUGAUCCUCUGCCUGUUCAACACACGUGGGGACUGGCGGCCAUGUUUGUAGUCCUGUGUUUUUCAGAUUACGAGCUGCAGGUGAGCCUAUCAGAGGCUCUCUGUCGUCUGACUCCACGCAGGGACAGACAGCAGAAAGCCAAUCAGUGGUUCUCCAGCCAUGACAUCAGUAGCGCCUUCUGUGACAUCAGUGAUGCAGACUUUGAGGUGGACUGCAGACGUUUCCUGAACUUCGUUAACCGUUACCAUGGAGACCAGAGAAGGGUCUACACCUUCCCCUGCAUGAGAGCCUUUCUCAGCUCCACCCAGCUGUUUGCUCCAAAUGAUGACAAACUGGACGAGUUCUGGAUCGACUUCAACAUGGGCUCAGAAUGUGUGAGUUUUUUCAUCGAUGAACCUCAGGGUUUUCUGUGGGGAUCCAUCCAUCUGCUGAAGGAGGACGUGGAUCAUUACAGCCUGCAGGACAAACAUGAUGAGACGGUCCUGAGCGUCCAUCUGAACAAUCCCAUCAUGUACCAGGACAGAAGAGAACAGACGGUGGAGCUGACCUUCAGCUGUGGACUUCACAGAGAGCUGGAGGAGGCAGCUGGGAGGGUCUUCAUGAAAGUGCAGCGGUCCCCCCGUCCUCCAGACGCACGUGGUACGGUCCAGGCCUCCCCCGCAGCAGACAGACACAGUGUUCGAUCCUACGGCCGCAAAAAAACACCGAGCAAGAGUCAGCUGAGGGUUUUACCGCUGUCGUCUCCGAGCAGUGAAGAAAACUCCCCCGUAUCCACGCCAAAAACCAGAAACAGAGCAGAGAUCCUGUUUGAUCAGAUCAGACACUCCACUCCCACCACAGCCCAGCCUGGUUUUCAGGUAAAUGCUGAUCUGACUGAUGAUGUUGACGCUCCUGAAGUCCACCUGUCUGGUUCCACACCAAGUGUUCCUGAGUGGGCGGAGCUUCAGGUCUCAGAGGAGUUCAGACAAAGCCACUCUCCAUCAGAAAAGGUGUUCCGGAAGAGAGAAGCUCCAGAUUCAGGUUACCUGUCAGACCAGACUGAGGGCACAACUGUCCACAAGAGGAAGGUGGAGCAACAGCAGGAGGGGGAGGAGUCUAGCUUAGCUCUCACAGACCACUUACCUGAAGGGGCGGAGCCAACUGUGAAGGGUCUAUCCUAUGAAGGGGCGGAGCCAAAGUCUGACAUCGUGGCUGCUUUCAGGACCUUCAAAACAGAGCUGGAGCAACACUUCACAGGCGGCUGGCACCAAGUAGAAGCUGAAGUUCUUCAUUCUCUGAACGAGUGCCAACAAAACGUUUCCUCACUGCUCAAUGCUGUCAAUCAAAACAGGUACCGCCUACACCUGUCCAUCACACAGGUACCGCCUACACCUGUCCAUCACACAGGUAGCGCCUACACCUGUCCAUCACACUGGUACCGCCUACACCUGUCCAUCACACAGGUAGCGCCUACACCUGUCCAUCACACAGGUAGCGCCUACACCUGUCCAUCACACUGGUACCGCCUACACCUGUCCAUCACACAGGUACCGCCUACACCUGUCCAUCACACAGGUACCGCCUACACCUGUCCAUCACACUGGUACCGCCUACACCUGUCCAUCACACAGGUACCGCCUACACCUGUCCAUCACACAGGUACCGCCUACACCUGUCCAUCACACUGGUACCGCCUACACCUGUCCAUCAGAGGUACCGCCUACACCUGUCCAUCACACAGGUACCGCCUACACCUGUCCAUCACACAGGUAGCGCCUACACCUGUCCAUCACACAGGUACCGCCUACACCUGUCCAUCACACUGGUACCGCCUACACCUGUCCAUCACACAGGUAGCGCCUACACCUGUCCAUCAGAGGUACCGCCUACACCUGUCCAUCACACAGGUAGCGCCUACACCUGUCCAUCAGAGGUACCGCCUACACCUGUCCAUCACACAGGUAGCGCCUACACCUGUCCAUCACACAGGUAGCGCCUACACCUGUCCAUCAGAGGUACCGCCUACACCUGUCCAUCAGAGGUACCGCCUACACCUGUCCAUCAGAGGUACCGCCUACACCUGUCCAUCACACUGGUACCGCCUACACCUGUCCAUCACACAGGUAGCGCCUACACCUGUCCAUCACACAGGUACCGCACACACCUGUCCAUCACACAGGUACCUCCCACCUACACACACCUGUCCCAGUACUGAACCUGUGUUUGUCUGCAGGUUGACGUUGCUGCAGAGGUUUGAGAGCAGCAUCAGUGAUCAGCUGAAACAACUGGAAGAAAACUCAACUAACCUGAACUCCAUCAACACUCAGAUCCUGAGUUUCGUCCAGUCUGAGAUGCAGCGACUCUGCACAUUCUGCAAGGAACACCUGCACAGGUUGAAGUCUCUGAAAGGUGAGGAGUCGGGCGCGGAGCAUCGGUCCAGCCAAUGAGGGGGACCAGAAGGAGGACAAGCCUUUGAGAUGAGUGGUCCAGUUUGGUGUUCAGACUGGAAGAACUGGUCCCAGUCAGAACCAGCAGCAGACUGACUCCCUUCUUUAUCGUUUCACUGGAUUUCUGUUUCCAUGUUUGAGUUAAAAGAUCAGUUUUUGAUGAACAAAUAAAAAAAUCUGCAAAGUU